GAGCAUAGGCAGGGUGCCAGUCAGAGUGACCACAGAGCGCACUGGCUCUGUUUAAUGAAAGCCAGGAAAGAACACAUUGCACAGUGUUUCUUUAGAGAGCCAGCUAGCCUUCAGUGAUUGCAAUCAAUAAAAACACUCGGCAAGGGGCCCACAGGGGGAGAGAAAGAGAGAGACACACAGGCUGAGAGGGAGAGAGAGAUCUCUGCUGGCUGAGGCUGCUGCUGCCACUCUCUCCCUUCCCCCUACAACAAAAACAAGCGGAACUUUCAGAAGUUAGAAGACAAACCAAUCUCCUUUCCAGCACAGCUCUGUUCUCCCCCAGCCAUAGGACUAUCCAACCCCUGGGCUGAGCUCAGCACGACUUGUUUUCUGCCUGGACCCUGGGAUGUGAGGCUUCCAACAAGUGCAGCUUCCACAACACAUCACUUCCCAGAAGCCGAGGCAGUAAGAGGAAGCCAUGGAAUGGGAUCCAGAGAAAGGAUCGCAGGAUGGGUAAUACAAGGCAAUCCAAUUCACAAGGGGAUAUAUUCCUAUACCAGAAGCUGUAUGUAUUAGGAGACAGGCGAUAAGAGCUCAGCUGGUGACCAGCUAAUCAGCAGUCGACUGGAAUCACUAUGUGGAGUUGCGAAGAUUUUAAUUAUACUGACAACAGCCAAGACCAGCGUCUGUGCCAUGAUUUCCACCUUGUACUCUUCGUCUUCUCCAUCUUCUACCUCAUCAUUUGCUUUCCGACUGGUCUCUGCUACAAUGUACAGCUUGUGCUGGUUAACCUGUAUAACAAAUCGACUAUGACUAUGCCAGAUGUCUAUUUUGUGAACAUUGCGAUCGCUGGGAUUAUCAUUAAUGCAGUGGCCCCCGUGUACCUUCUAGGACCAGAGUACACCAAGUGGUCACUAUGGAGCUUUGGCAAGGAAGUUUACAUCACUUUGCUCAUUCUCUUUAACGUUUCGUCUUUGGUGAUUAUGUAUUCCACAACGUUGCUCAGUCUGGACUAUUACAUAGAAUGUGCCCUACCAAGAACUUACAUGUCAAGUGUCUACAACACAAAGCAUGUGUGUGGCUUCAUCUGGGGAGGUGCGGUGCUGACCAGCUUCUCGUCUCUCCUCUUCUACAUCUGCAAUCAUGUCUCCACCAAAAUCAUUGAGUGCUCCAAGAUGCAGAACAGGGAGGCAGCUGAUGCCAUCAUGGUGCUGAUUGGAUAUGUGGUGCCAGUUCUCGCUGUUUUAUACGCUUUGAUUCUCAUCCUGCAGAUGCGAAGAGAAGCCACGCCUCUGGACCAGGACAGCGGGAGGCUAGACCCAUCAGUGCACCGCCUUUUAAUUGCAACUGUUUGCACACAGUUUAUUUUAUGGACGCCGUACUACGCUACCCUGAUGGUAAAUACUUUUACAGACGUUCAUGUCAAGUCCACCGACCGCAACUUCAUGAGAACAUUUCACUUCAUUGAGGGCAUGUCUAGCUUUUUGGCCUUUUCAAGCAGCUUUGUCAUACCUCUAUUACACAGACACAUUAACAAAAACUUUCACAGCAAGUUACAGAGGUUGCUUAAAAAACUGCACUGUGGAAACCAGGGAUGUGCACAUGAACACACGGUGGUCCAGCAGGUGAUGACUUAAAAUACAGCUAUGGGUGGUAGAACGGUGAAGCUGUUCCCCAUCGAACGGACUGUGUACUCUGUAGAGUAUUAAAGGGCGGCUGCUAUUGUUUCAGACAUGAGUCUUAGGCAUGACCACGCAGCAAAUAUCAUACUGCAUGUCACGUGAUCAUCUGUUCCUAUUUAAUUCUAAUUAGUUAUAGAGGCUGGUAUUUACAGACAUGUUUGAUAUUUGCGCUAACACACUAAAGUGGUGUGGUGCCCUAGAACUGGAACCAUAUCCUACAUGAUGCUGAUGAUAGAUUAGCUGGAGUUGUACCUUGAUUGGUGUCGGUCAGUUGUGGGUCAACCUUAUGAUAACAUAAAAUGACCUACACUUAAUCUACAGCCCAAAAGACCCAUCCACAUAUCUGUCAGGAGGCACCUUGAUUGAAUUUAACUCAUCAAUUAAGCCAAGACCUUUCUUUGCAAAGUUUUAUAGGCAAAGAUAGAUGAAGACAUUAAACCUUGAGGUUAACUGUUCUACCGAAGAAACUACAAAGCACUUUGAUACUAUAGAAAAGCAUUCUAUUGUAAUUUCUCAUUAACACAGUGUGAAGUGAAUUCCUUUUUCUAAUAUAUGCAACAAGCUUUCUAUAGUUUGACUACUAAACGAAAAAAAAAAAAAAACACAGGUAACACGUUUGAGAGGAUCUUUGUAGCUCUUGUACAAGUAAUAAUAUGGGAGUUUACUGACAUUUUAAUCCUAACAAAUAAUGAAGGACAGGGCGUGUAAUUGUCCAGGGAUGGUGAGAGUUGGACUACAAGUGUAUCUCAUCACUGUCCAUUACAACUGUAUUUCACCUGUACAGAUACACACACAAAUUACCCUUCAUUUCCCAUCCCAGUUGUUGGAAAUUAACAUUAUGGGCACACUCAACAAGUGUAUUAGACAUUCCUGAUUAUUAUAAAAUGACUAAAGGCUAAUUGCGCAUGCAAGCAGCAAACCAUGUAAUAAAAUACAAAACACAUGAGAUGCACAGCUCACAUCAUCUUCAAUAGGCAUGUAUAAGACACACAUAUCAGCAGUCCACCCAAGUAAGAUAUAUUUCGUUUCAGAGCUGUCGACCAGAUAAAACUAUGCACACCACAUCUUUUGCAAAUUGUAAAAGGACACACAUGAAACAGUUACAUAUUCUAUCCAUUGUAAAUGGGGCCCAUAAAUACAAAAUUAAUUUGGGCAAUUUCCUAUUUUGCCGAUGACUGUGACAGGCAUCAGGCAAACUCCAAUAUUUUGGAAAUCCUCUAUUCACUGAUUCCGACCCAAAAUGAUCACAAUUGGGGAGCCAGAGAUUUUUAACAUGUAGGAUUUUGCCUGUCCUCCUGGAAAUUGAAGAUUAUCGGAGUCUACAGUAAUCUUUGCAGAAUUUCUAGUUAGAUGUAUGGCCUGCAUUAGUCAAUUCUCAAGGACUAGAUCACUCCGAGAAGCCAGACAGACAUCAAAUAUAAAAGAUUAAUACAUUAACAUGGUGUCAAUCAGACAAAUAAGGUGCAAAAUCUUAAGUCUGAUCAAAGGUAUACUGCUAUAUCCUCCAUGUUAUUUGCCUGAUUUGCCCUCUCCUUGGCGUUUUAUCUUAGGAAUGUGGUUACAAUGCCAAGCCUUCAUACACUCGUUUGAGAAAAUCAUCACACAACGACAGAUGCUAAUUACAGCAAAUUGGGUAUAUUUAACAAAAAGAUGCAAAGAGAAUGCAAUGCAGCCAAUCAGCUGUAAGUUUUGUGGAGUCAGCCUACUAAAAGCGAACAUCUGAUUAGCUGCUGUGGGUUUACAGCAACCCUUGCUUUUUGCUCCAUAUUAUUAAAUAAUACCCAUACUGUAGCUAUCCUGCUUGACUACAGAUACAUCCACACUUAUGUGUGGUCUAUCCAACUAUACUACCUCAAACUCCCCACAUUUCAAGGAAGUCAAGUACAGCAUUUAGAGGGUAUCCAAUUAUCCGUGGCAAUUUACCGUAGAUAAUGGAUUCACCGGGGGCUAUCCAAUUAGCCCUGAUGCAUGUCUAAGGCGAUCAUAAGUGCCGCGAAAAUACAUAGUUCCGCGACUUUUCGCAGGACCUAUGUAUUUUUACACAAAGAACGGGUUUUUUUGUGCAAGGUAAUUGGAUAGGGGUGAUAAAAUAAAAAUUGUGAAAACCCCCCGCUUUUCUAUACCACGGCACUGUCGCAGAUAAUUGGAUACCCACUUUAGAAUAAAACAUUACCUAUAAUGCAACAAACACAAUCUUGUGUUUACAAUAACUUAUAAUUUACUGUUUAAGAAAAAUCCAAGUGCGUUUUUGUUUUAAAACAACUGCAGUGUACAGUAUAUAUGUCAAAAACAACAUAUAAACCCUAAACUCAACAAAAUAAGUGCAUAAAAGGCAUUACUUCUUACAUUAUUGGUAUUAAUAAACAGAAAUAUAUUUUUUAAUAUUUUUUUAUUUCAUUACAUGAAGGAUUUAUGCAGCUAUAGGCAUUUGAAGUUUCAGUAUAAUAUGCUCAUUUUUUCAACCCCUCACCUGCCAGAGAAGGGUGAACAGUACAUAAAAAUAAAAUCCACCUUUUAAUGUAUAAACCAUACACAGAAUCCUUGUAUAUUGUUAAAUUAUUUUAUAAUAAUCAGAGUGUUUGUGGAAUAGCUGAAAAGGUGGAGUGGAGAACUGUAUGUGUCUCAUCGGCUAUCCUAUCCAUGUUGUAAACAGAAGUGUCUUUGCAUGUUCUCGCCAUGUACUGCUCUGCCUCUGGCAGCACAACCAGUGAAUACAGUGUUAUAUGUCCCCCAACAUGAUGUAUUAAUGAUGUCAACCCCAUUAAAAUAGCAUUGCUGUGUAUUUGGAA